CUGAAUACAUCCUCCUUGUCUAGGUUCAACAGCUGGGCUUCUACUUUUUCCAUUGUCAUCAAAGAAACCAAUGCCAAAGCACAUGCUUUCUUCCUUUGAUUGAAUCGAGCUUUUCUGUGUCAACAGCUAGGCUUAGCAAGUGUCCAGAGUCGGCAUGGGCAUAAAAUACCCAUUAGCUGAUGAGUUUGCCCAGUACCAUCCCAAGAAGAAAAGUUUAUUCAAUGGAGAAGCUUGUUCAAGAUCUGAAGAAGGGGUUUAUAAAUCUGGUUGAAUCCAUUACAUCUUGGAAAAAUGAUAAUGGAAAAGAAGAUGGGGAAGAACCCAAGUCUGAAUCCAUGGAGGUUGAGAAGGGGAGUGUGCAAGUCCAAGAAAGAGUCAUCCAACUCAGAGCUGCAAGGGGUCCAACGCGCCCGAGUGUUCCUAGAGGACCACCUGCUCAGACCGGUUGAAGAUCAUGUUCCUAGCCAUCAAUUGAUGUUCUUGCGGUUCAUUUUACAAACGUUUUGUACAUUAGAUAAAAUAAAUGCGUUUCACAGGCUUCAGGAGCACCGGCCAGCUUCACGGUGCCUCUGAGCAUCGCAAUGUUUCUAGUGUUGUUUGUUGUCGUCUCUAAUCUUUGUUAAUGAGUGGAAGUAACACUUGCUCUAGCACCCUUUUGCCUUCUUUCUUGUUCUCAAAAAUGAGAUCCGCAUUCCAUAUAAAUUGGUUGUUUUACU